CUGUAGCUUGAGAAUGAACCUGCGAUCUCUCAGCUAGUUCAAUUAGUGAAUCCCGCGAUGUGCUGGUAAUCGCAAUGUCGACAUGAAUAUAUACGUCAGUCCGUAGCUCAGAAGCUUUCAAAGCGUAUUGCGCAUUCGGAUUUAGCGCUACUUUUCGGCCUAGGCUGCAGACGCAAAAGGCCUUUAAAGGAACAAUCACAGAGUGCCACUAAACAAACAGAAUGAAUGUAAGUGGGUGGUCUGGAACAGGCCGCAAAUCCGCUACCGACACAAUAGACUGAUUUGCUCACCUUAAGGGAACGCGAUUCAGUCGGUUGUCAGCAAACAAAGCAAUCGUUGAGAAUACUAGUGCUAACGGAACACAACUGUGUGUAAAGAACAAUAGAAAACCAAAAGAAUGACAGCUGGAAAAACUGAGGAAAAGAUUUACGUGCAACACAUUCAGUAGAUCCAGUCUGUCAUCACUUAACCGACGACAUUGGAAAAGCUCGCUAACAGAGGCGUAACUUGGCACCCCCGGAUAUUGUGCUUCAUAAGAAUCUUGAUGACAGCAGCAGUUCUAUCGUUUAACAGGCCAGUCAUGCAACUUAUGCGAAUGCGUCCUUGCUACCUCUCAAUUUCCUAAUCGUCACGACGGGUACCCCCUACCAACACGAUUUGCCUCGACUGCUUCUCGACCGAGGAUUUUUAGAAGAUGGAGGGCAGCCUCGGUAUAGUAAGCCCAGGACCAAUCAGUGUGGCAAUCUUAAGGAAUGCUUAGCGGCAGUAUCAGAUGGAAUAUUCGAAACAUGUCGUGUUGUACGGGUAUGGCUGUGAAUAAUUCUGAACGUGUAUCCGCACACAAUUUGAGCAGUAACACUGACGAGUCAGCAGGUGAUUGAAAUAUAUCACAGGAACUUCGAAAAGUGGGUCAACAAACGAACGAACUCCUGAGUAAUCCAGUUAAAGCAAGUAUUAACAGUGGAUUUCUAAUACUGCGAAAACAUUUGUGAAUAUUCCCAGCCAUCAGAAAUGUAGCUUAUGUGGUAUGGUGCAGGGAUGUUGCUAGAACGUCAGUCGGAUAUUCAACACAAGGGACCAUUAUUGGACUCUUUGAUAUAAAUAGAUUUAAUAAGCUGGUAUUUAUUAACUGCACAGUAUUCCAGCAUAGGUGAAUAAGCAAAACAAAAGCAUAUACUAUUUUGUGAGCGCUAUUAGUGUCGACUAGGUAUCAGGAACAAGGAUGGAUCACACAGAGUUCUUGUUCGCAGGUUUUGUGCAUGCUGAAAUUGUUAGUGUUUAAGAAGAGUGUCACGCUUGGAUGUUGAAGCCGACGAGUGCUAAUCAAGCAUCGACCCUGACGUCUGGUGGACUCCAGCCAAACGGGACAGUUCAGGGUGUCACCCGGGUUUUCCGUUACAGAUAUGUGAUCUUGCUUCUAUUCUGCCUAUACUCUAUGGUCAAUGCCUUCGGAUGGGUAGAAUAUUCCAUAAUUCACGAUAUCGUUAAGCGACACUACCAAAUACAGGACGAUGAAACAGUGAAUUGGACAGCUCUCGUCUAUUCGGUGUCCUACAUUCCCUUGAUCUUUCCCGCCACCUGGCUUAUGGAGAAAAAGGGCCUCCGCUUUGUUAUCGUCAUUGGCGCAUUCGGAACUGCGUUAGGUUCAUGGAUUAAGGUGUUCGGUAUACAGCCCGAUCAAUUCUGGAUCUCAAUGAGUGGCCAAACUAUUGUGGCCUUUUCUCAGAUUUUUAUCCUGUCUGUUCCCCCACGCUUGGCAGCCGUCUGGUUUAGUCCGGAAGAGGUAUCCAGGGCUUGCGCCAUUGGAGUCUUUGGAAACCAGGUUGGUAUUGCGCUGAGCUUUGUCAUUCCCCCGAUAGUGGUACCGUCAGGCCAAGACCCGGCUGAAACAGCGGCUAAUCUCUUCAGGCUCUUUUGCGGAGCUGCAGUCUGUGCUACGAUAGUGCUACUCGCCAUCUUUAUAGGUUUUCAGGAGAAGCCCGCUAUACCUCCAAACAGAGCUCAAAUUUCAAACGAUUUUGACCCUGAUUACCUCAAAACACUUCGACAUUUGGCCACCAACGUUCCCUAUGUCCUGUUACUUCUCUCCUACGGUGUCAAUGUCGGAGUUUUUUAUGCCAUUUCUACCUUGCUUAAUCAAGUUCUCUCACAAUACUUGCCAAACCAGGAUACGACGAUCGGCUUUAUGGGUUUGUCUAUCGUCAUCGCCGGCAUGGUUGGAUCUGUCGUCUGUGGGGUUAUCUUAGACAAAAGCAAGAAGUUCAAAGAGGUGACGCUUGGCCUUUAUCUUCUAUCGACGUUAUUAAUGUUCGUUUACACGUUUGUCCUGCGAACACGAUCAGUGCCUGUCAUCUUCCUAACCACCGCAUCUCUCGGCUUCUUCAUGACGGGUUAUUUACCUAUCGGGUUUGAGUUGUCAUCAGAACUGACCUAUCCGGAGCCUGAAAGCACCUCUUCAGGCUUAUUAAACGCUUCUGCGCAGAUUUUCGGAAUCCUGUUUACGCUCGGUGCCACGAAAAUCGAAAGUGCCUUCGGCGAUGUACCCUCAAAUCUAGCUUUAGCAACUGCACUUGUUGUCGGAACAGCUAUGACAGCAUUCAUACGUUCCGACCUACGGCGACAACGGGCCUUCGAAGGCCAGGAUGUUAAGGUCUUGUAUAUUUCUUAGUCGACCAGUGUGAUGCCAGGAUGAACAAACGGAAUAUCAAGGUGACCUGGGACAACAAACAAAGCUUAGGUAACCUACGCCGUAAUAGAGAAACAGAUUAGCAUCCUAUGCCGAUAGUUGGGUUAAAACUUAAAUAUAGUAGAAACUAUUACAAGUUGUUAAAUCUGGUCGGUCGAUCAUCUCAUGAAUCAUAUAGGUGCGUCCGAUUUGUAUUUAUCCAUAGUUUGUCCUCUAGUAAGGUCAGUUCGAUCUGCUUGUUGACACCAGUUUUUCAUUUGUGCUAAAUCCUUGAGAUCUUUACCUGGUGAAGCCGAACGACGACCAUAUUGCAGCGUGUUGUAGUAAAGCUUAUAUGUUGAGCCUCGUAGCUGUAGGCUGUUGAGAGGUGUCCGACCAAGUUCAACUAUGCCGAUGUGUCGAAUAUUAUAUCGCGCUGAGAAGUUAUAAUUAUAUGGAAAUGGUAAAACUUUCGAGUAUAUCCGCAGCCACUGGGAUAGCUUUGUGCAUCUACUUCAAAGUUCGGUGUUUAAAACAAAGUGAUGAUCAUGUAAAACGCACAUAGAACGCUUUCUUUUUUCCUCUACAAAUAGAGCAGAAUUAAUAUUUCGAAUAGAGCGUGUAUUUGAUUUGCUCUUGGGCAUUCGUGGCAUUCAUGAUUCAAAUAUGGACGUCGUCAACGUCCAACGGGAAAACUUUAACUCUACAUACAAAUACAAAACGGCUUAGAAAAUAAUGUGUUUUUAUCAAGUAAAUGAGGUAGCUAUUGACAGGCAAACAAACAAACACGACUACGAAUCGCAGGAACUGCUGUAGAUGUCUUAUAGAGACGACGCAGUGAACAUACUGAAAAAUGAUGUCAGUGGACAUUAGCUUGAAAAAUACAAUCGAUAAAAUGAAGGCAUCACAAAUUAGAAAUCUAUAAUUAUUAGAUGUUUGGACGGUAUCACAAUCCUGUAUAUUUAAGCCUGACAAAACAACGUUUGCUGUGACCGGAAACGGUAGCGCCCGCAGAAGCAGCAAAUUAUUUGUGAUCUGUUAGUAUUGUUAUAAUCACUUAUAAUGAGGCUUUUAGUCAUCGCACCACAGUGCCAACGAACGAAUGAAUGUAGUAUAAAAACACAUAUAAUAAAUAAUACAUUUAACAAAGUGUUCUGACGUCGCUUUCAUAGUAUUCGUAAGAUGUGUGGAACAGAAUGGGAUGUUUUAUACAUCUAGUUAGACAUUUACUUGCUUGUUUUGAGAAAAAAAAAUUUAUGGGCACAUUUGCGUCUCUACUAUAAAUGUAUAAUAAUUCAAUAAAUAUGUAUAGUUCAUUUAAUACAUGCUUAGGGUUCGUCUCUGUAAAACCCUAUAGCGACGUUACUUACGACGCGGCUUUAGGCUUCGAUCCCACAGAAAAAAUCAUACGAGAUGUUUGGCUUCAACUUGCCAUAUGGUUUGUAGUGUCUCGUAUCAAUAUAAUUUCCCAUCUCCUGUAAAUAUAAAACGAAACUUCAAAGAUAAAUUUUCGGCUUACAAUGGCUGGCAUGAUAGGAUAGAAUAGACCUAAAUAUGGGAAGGUAAAAAAACACUGCAAACAAGGACAGAUGCCUACUACUUGCAUAGCAGGAAUUACUCCAUUAUAAAUACCUGUCCUUUUUUUUGUUUCAUUUAUUAGUCGACAUGUAUACAAAGAAUUCACAUCAAUUAACAUUAGUGCUCUUAGGGAGUACGGCAACUUGACGUGAGUCAUUAGAAGAAUACGCGCACUAAAACGUUGACACGCGGACAUUUCGAUUCAUAUGGUGAGCUAAUUGUUUAUUUAAUCGUAUAUAUAGCAUUGAACGUACUUGUAUGAACGCAAGAGAAAAAGAUUGUAGAGUAAACAGUUUUCAGGCUAGGUAACAAUAAAGUUUCGCGCUUUAUUUUCACGAGUGUUCAUUUCCUUUUCUUUAAGCUUCCUUUUCUAGAGCUUCAUUGUAGGGAGUUGUCGAGAGUUCAUGUAAACAGAUGAUCUUGCCUCAAUUAUUUUAUCACGUAUACGAUCGCCUUUGAAGUUUCAAACAGAACAAUUUAAUGGACCUGGUAGUUUCUAUUGGAAACGUUCCCGGCGUUU